AUGCAGAAACCAAAAAAUUUAAAUAAAUCAAUAACAGAACCACCAAUUAAUGAGAUUGCUCUCCAUCACCUUUAAUAAAGUGAAGUAACACAAUUAAUAACUUUUAUAUCCAGAAGUUCAUAUUGGAUAAUUAAAUUGAUCAUGCAUAGGAGGAAAUUAAUAAAGCUUUAAAAAUUGAUCCAAAAUAUGCAGAAGCUUAUUAACUAAGAGGUAAUGGCUUGGUAUUAAUAUUCAUAGGAUUAAUACAUUUUAAAAAAGAGGAAAAACUUAAGGCAUUAGAUGAUCUGAAUUAAGCCGUAUACCAUAAUCCAAAUUUAGUGAGUAGUUUUUACCAUAGAGGUAUCUCUAUAAAUUGAUAUAGCAACAAUUUAUUAAAAAAAUAAAAUGCUAGACAAUGCGUUAGAAGAUUGCAAUCAGGCAAUAAAAAUUAAACCUGAUUAUGCAUUAGCUUAUAGCAAAAAAGGUUAUUAUUAUUACUUAAUCAUCAAGGUUCAUUGAUGAGAAUCAAAGGAUAACUUGAUGAUGCUAUAGAUUUAUAUUCAAAAGCUAUAAGCCUUGAUAAAAAUUGCAUCAAUGCACUUUUAAAUAGAGGUAUUUUGAUAAUAUUAAAAGAAGCUCUUGUAUUUAAAGAAAUUCAUUAAUAUGAAAAAGCGCUUAAAGAUUAUAAUUAGGCAAUUUAAAUCAAUAAAAAUAAUCCUAAAGCAUAUUUUAAUCGAGGUUUAUUAAAGAAUUUAUAAAAAGGAAUUUUACUAAAGGAUAUUGGUGAAUAGCAAUAGGCUCUUUAAGAUUAUGAUAGGGCAAUCUAAUUAAAUCCAAAUAAUGCAACUGCUUUUUUGAAUAGAGGUAAAUUACCUAAUAAUAGGAAGGUGUGUUAUUAAUCAAUAUGAAUCAAUAAGAAAGAGCUUUAUAAGAUUAUGAUAAGGCUAUUGAAAUCAAUUCUGAUUAUUCUAAUGCUUAUUUGAAUAGAGGUUUAAGAUAUUUAAUUAAUAGCUCUUCUUCUUUGUGAUAUGGGUCAGAUUGAUAGAGCAAUAUAAGAUUGCAAUUAGAUGAUAAGGAUUAAUAAAAAUGAUGGCAAUGCUUAUUUUAACCGUGGUAUUCAAAAUUUUGAAAUAAGGGUUUUUAUUUGAUCAGAUAGAUUAGAGAUAAUAAGCACUUAAUGAUUAUAAUAAAGCAAUCGAAAUAAAUUCAAUGGAUUCUAGGGCUCUAAUAAAUAGAGGUGAAAAUUUGAUCAAAUGUUAGGUUUAUUAUUUUGGAGAAUGUAAGAAAAAGAAAAAGCGAAAAAAGACUGUAAUUCUGCUUUAGAAAUAUGUCCAAGUAACCCUCUUUAUCUCACAAUAAUUGGAGAUUUGCAUUAUCAAGAUUUUUAAUAUGAAAAAGUGCAUUAUUAUUUCACUCAAGCUUUAAAAAAUAUUGAAGGAAUGUAACUAGGAGAUCAAGUUAAAUGGAAUUUAUCAGAUAGAAACAUAUGUUUCAUAAAAUUAAAACUAUAAAUUCUAUAAGAAAUAGAGUGUGAUAUCAUAAAUGCAAAAAAGCAAAUAUCUCUUCUGCCUAAGUUAUCUGCAAAAGAUCAAAAUCAAGUGAAUGAAUAUUUCGAGAGAGUUGAGAGAAUAGAAAGAUCAGUUUCCGUUAUAGUUUUGCCAAGCAAUGAAACAUAGAAACCAGAAAUGCAAUAAAAUAUGAUCAAACAAUUCUAAGAGAUGUAAUAAUAACUAAAAGAAUUAUAAAAAUAGUUGUAAAAAUAAAAUGAAGUGAUUAACAAGAUAUAGAAUUUAGAUAAUUUCUAGAUAGAAUUUAUGAUGGAGGAGUUGAAAAAACCUUAAAAUAAGCAUUAAUUCAUAUAUUAUAAAUCAUUAUUUUGGAGAUUAUACUUCUAUAUGCAUGCUAUGUAGGAACUUUCAACGAAUUUAUUUUAAGUUAAUAAAGAUGCCUUUGUUGAAAGUACUUCAGAAAAGGUCUUAAGUUUAAUCUAAAAAGCUUUCAAAGCUGGAUCCAAAACCUUAGAGCAAUUACCAAUUAUUGGAGAAGCAUUUAAUAUUAUUAAUUCUGCAUUAGAUUAUGGAGUAGAAUAUCAAAAGGAAGUUAAGUUUAAAAGAAGGAUAAUUCGAUUGACUAAUAUUAUGAAAAUAUUUGCUGUAACACCUACUGAAUUAGAGAAGGAAGUAUAAUUUGCAGCAAUCGAAUUAAGUAAAUUUUAGGAGCCUGGAUUAAAGGAAAUACCAAUAUCCAAAUUCACAUAAUUUGUGGAAAAAUUAUCUUUAUUAGAAAAUUCUUCAGAACAAUUUAGCAGUGAUCCUUAUUGGAAGAUAGGAACAGCAGAUUCUUUAAUAAUUUUAAAAUAUUUAGAGGAAAAUAAUGAUAUGAUUAUAAUUGAAGAUUAGCAUAAAAAACUAAGGCAAAUAUUUAUUGAUGCCAUACUGAAAAAUAAAAUUUAAAUUUCAAAUAAAAUGAAUAAAUCUUAAAAUAAGACUUCUAAGAACAAGGAAGAUAAUGAUAAAUGCAACAUAUAAUGA